AUGUCACAUCCGAUUGCAGGUGCCCUCUACCGCGGCCUCAAUGCGGUGUCCUUUGUGCGUGCCUACCAACGUGAUGCCCUCGUUCUACUGAAGCUGCUUCUUCUGGAGCGGAGAAUCCUCUUUUCCUCGGACAUUGCCGUCAACUGCCUCUCCACUUGGCUCCUCACGCUAGCCAGCCUUCUACCAGGUCUGUUGCCGUAUUUGUUUCUCACCACAUUUUUUGCUUUAUUAAUUCACCGCAGGAUGGAGUGGCCGACGCCAGGUCUGCUGUUGUGA